AUGGCAUUUCAUUUACCAUUGACAGCCAUAGUUACUGUUUCUUUCUUACUUUCUCUCUCUCUUUUCUUUACUUCUUCUCACUCUGCUCUCACUUGUUCCUCCUUAAAGCUGCCGGCGAACCGAACCUACGCCAACUGCACCAACCUCCCCACCCUCGGCGCCGUCCUCCACUACACCUACAACACCACCAACCGCAGUCUCGCCGUCGCGUUUGCCGCCGCGCCGCCGACUUCCUCCGGGUGGGUUGCCUGGGGGCUCAACCUCGCCGGUGGCGGCAUGAUCGGCACCCAAGCUUUCAUCGCGAUCCCCGCCUCGGCCGGCGGCAGCACCGUGCACCGCUACAACCUCACCGCCUACAAGAGCAUCGACAAAGUCGAAGCCUUUUCCUUUGAGUCGUGGGGCGUGGCCACGGAAGAGUCUGGCGGUGCCGUACUGAUCUUCGCCGUCGUCAGUAUCCCCGAGAAGGCGGACAACGUGAGCCACGUGUGGCAGGUGGGACCCACCCAAGGAGGGAAGCUGUCGAUCCACGGGUCCACCCCUGAUAAUCUGCAGUCCAAGGCGGCGCUGCCCGUGGCUCUGGGACCCGCCGCCACGAGUGGGAGCGGAAACAGUAGCGGGAAUGGAAACGCCACCGCACCUGCCGCCGCGAGUGGAGAGAAGAGUGGUGUGAGUGAGAGGUUUGGGUUUGAGUUUUACUUUGGGUUGGUAGUGGCAUUGAUGAUUAGUGUUGUUGCUCUUUGA